UCUGCGUGUACUCGAUUCCGUAGGGAAAAAAGCGUGUAGCCCAACUGUAACACAACGAGCUGUAUGCUUAAAUAUCUUGCGGGCACGUCUAAGUUAUUCUCGUUGGGUUUUUGAAAACAUAAGGACAGAUUAUACUUGAGGAGUCAUUUCAGUAUGUGCGUAAGGAUCGUGCUUCAAAAGAACUCGCUCUUUCUGCUGGUGACUCUGAGUCUUUCUUUGAUUGUCACGCGUUGUCAGGAUGAUGGAACUGCACAAACUCAGAGAGGAGGAGAGUCAGAAUCAGAGAGAGAGUUCAUCCCUUUCAACAGCAAACACGAGCCACCAGCUGACAUCCAACAGCUCACUACAGAUGCAGUACCAAACCUCCCCAACCUGAGACUGCUCAAACUCCACUCAGCUCUGCUGACCAAGAGCUUUGAAGGGUAUCAGCAGUUUUUUAAAGAGGCACCACACACCGUGCCAACCUUCUCUACCUCUUCAUCAAACACUGAACUUUCACACUUGGUGCCUCAUGAAGAUGAUCUCGCCACCACGGCGACCAUGACUGCUACCACGGUGACCACUCCAGUUAUGACUGUCAUGCCCACAUCUGUGGAGCAAAGAAGACCCAGCAAGAUCCGCAGUCGAACAUCAGAGAAGAUGGUGGUCACCUCUCAACCACUCACAAACCCUACCAUUCAAACUUACACUGCUCAAAAGACAGUUCUCACCACUGUAAUAGACAACCUUAUGGAUCAGAGAGUGGUCAGCAAGGAAACUACUUCACCACCACCACCAUCUUUGUCAACUUCUCCUAAAAUGGAACCACAGAGGCCGGUUGGAAAAACCACACCAGGAUACUCUUCUGAAACAUCUGCAGCUCAGUGCAAUAUGAACUUCACAGAAGCCGAGGGUUAUAUAGAGAUUCCCCCGGAUAUCUCAUUUGAUUCCAACGUGCAUUGCACCUGUCUGGUUACUGUAUAUCUGGGUUAUGGAGUUGAGAUUCAGGUGCUGAAUGUGAGUUCGGAGGAUGGAAUAAAGGCAGUCUUGGAGGAUCUGGGUGGACCUUUGCCCUCGGUCCUGGCCAACAGCUCUGUGUUAUCUAGAGGCCUGGUGCUGCGGAGCUCCAGUAACCAGAUCUCUGUGCGGUUCAGCAUGGAACGGGCCAAUCGGACUGCUUCUUUACUCCUGCGGUACAGAGCAUUUGCUCUCAGUUGCACUUCUCCUCUGGCUCCUGAUAAUGGUGACGUAUCAGUCAGCGGUCUCCAGGUGGGAGGUGUAGCCUAUUUCUCCUGUCUAAAUGGCUAUCAGCUCCUGGGCCCCGCUUCCCUCACCUGCCGAAAUGCCACAACACCCUACUGGAGUGGCAGAAAGCCUAGGUGUCAAGCUGCUUGUGGGGGGAUGUUGAGAAAUGCCACUCAGGGUCGUAUUGUCUCUCCCGGGUUUCCAGGAAACUACAGCAACAAUCUGACAUGCCACUGGGUGCUGGAGGCCCCUGAGGGCCAUCGGCUCCACGUUCACUUUGAGAAAGUGGCUCUGGCUGAGGAUGAUGACAGACUGUUGAUAAAGGAUGGCAGUAACAUUGACUCUCCGCCCCUGUAUGACUCAUACGCAGUGGAGUAUCUUCCCACUGAGGGUGUGACCAGCACCGCUAGGCAUCUGUUUGUGGAGUUCACCAGUGAUGAGACGGGCACGUGCACUGGUGCUGCCAUCCGAUAUGAAGCAUUUUCACAGGGCAGCUGUUACGAGCCGUUUGUGAAGUAUGGAAAUUUCUCCACAAGUGAUCCAGCGUUUGGAGUUGGUUCUGUGGUGGAGUUCUCCUGUGAGCUGGGUUACACACUGGAGCAGGGCGCUGUUAUCUUACAAUGCAUAAACCCUGAAAAUCCCCAAUGGAACGAGACAGAACCAGCCUGCCGAGCUGUGUGCAGUGGAGAAAUAACAGAUUCAGCAGGUGUGGUGCUUUCUCCAAAUUGGCCUGAAGCGUAUGACAAAGGUCAAGACUGUAUCUGGGGUCUGCACGUGGAGGAGGACAAGAGAUUCAUGCUGGACGUCCAUGUUCUUCAUCUGGGGAAGAAUGACCUGCUAACCUUUUAUGAUGGUGAUGACCUGACAGCCAACAUCCUGGGCCAGUACAGUGGCUUUCUCCCUCGAUUCAGACUCUACACCUCUACGGCUGAUGUGACCAUCCAGUUUCAGUCUGAUCCAGCCUCCAACGUCUAUGGCUACAACAACGGCUUUGUGGUGCAUUUCUUUGAGGUACCACGUAACGACACCUGUGCAGAGCUGCCAGAAAUUCCCAAUGGCUGGAAGAGCACGUCCCAUCCUGACCUGACCCACGGAACGGUGGUCACCUACCAGUGUUACCCAGGGUUCCAGCUGCAUGGUUCUGAGAUCCUGAUGUGCCAGUGGGAUCUGACAUGGAGUGGAGACGUACCCAUUUGUGAGAAAAUCAUGUCAUGCGAGGAUCCAGGGCUGGUGGAGAACAGUCGCAGACGGGUGACUGGCUCUCUUUAUGCUGUGGGAUCUUCAGUGGAGUACAUCUGUAACAAAGGAUACUCGCUUUCUGGCCCUGGAGUGCUCACCUGCUACAGCAGAGAUACUGCAGACCCAAAGUGGAGUGAAAGACUGCCCAAGUGUGUCCCUGAGAGAUAUGAGCCCUGCAGUAAUCCCGGCGCCCCCUCUACGGCCAUCCAGAGUUCAGAAAAAGCUUUCUUCCAGGCAGGAGAGACUCUGAGUUUUACCUGCCGUUCAGGAUAUGAACUUCAGGGUGAAGCGACUAUCCACUGCCUCCCUGGACAUCCCUCUCAAUGGAGCGGUGUGCCCCCUAUGUGCAGAGCCUCCUCUGGAAACUUUGAUGAACACAGACUGAACGCUACCAGAGCAGAAUUCAGUGUGGAGGGUGUCAAUAUUGCCAUUGCAGUUCUAAUUCCUGUAGCACUGGUGCUGAUGUUGCUCCUAGCAGUUUUUCUCUGCCUCUCAAUAGCUCAGAGCAAGACCCUUCAGCUCCCUGGGUCUUCCUCUCCACCAUAUGACAACAUGACUGAGGAAUCUGCUUUUGAUAACCCCGUUUAUGAGACAGGAGUAAGUAUGGAUGCCAUGAACCUCAGAGACGUGGCCUCACACAACACCAUCGUCCUGUCCUGAUCAGCCCUGCCUGCCAUCCUGUCAUUGUCCAGCAGAGGGAGCAAUUCUGUAUGCCAUUCUAGUAUUCACCUACAAAGAAAGACGAUAUGUUUGCCAUUAUGAUCUAGAUGUCUAUAUUUAUUUCACCAGCAGGGGGAGCCAUUUAUUCUGCCAUUCUUUCAUUUACCAGCAGAGGGAGCCAUUUGUGUCAUUCUGCCAUUCCAUCUGACUAAUCAUGACUGGUCGGCAGAUCAAAUAGUGGAAGUAAAAGGAAUUCGCACAAAGCUCUAAAUAGUAUUUGUCAUUUCAUUUUUAAAGCCAUGAAGUAUAGGACAUCCAUAAAUCCUCCUAAUAUUUUCUGUCCAGUAUUUAUGAUGUUCUUAUCAGUAACACGUAAGUAAUGCUGCUACUACUAUAAAAAUGAGUACCACUUAUAUUAUUACAAAUGGUCUUCAUAGUUAAUGAGUUUGAAGUUGCAUAAUGAGCUUAAAGGAAUAUUCAGACUUCAGUACAAGUUAAGCUCAAUCGACAGCAUUUGUGGCAUAAUGUUUAUUACAACACAAAAUUUAUUUGGACUUGUCCCCCCUUUUCUUAAAAAAAGAGAGUAAAUCUGUGUUACAGUGAGACACUUACCAUGGAAGUGAAUAGGGCCAAUCUGUAAAGGUUAAAAUUCUCACUGUUCCAAAGUAUAGCCACAAAAUGUAAACAAUAUGCAUGUUAAUGUGAUUUUAAUGUGUUAAAAAUCACUUACUAUCAUUUUCUGUGCAAAGUUAUAUCCAAUUUUACAACUUCCAAGAUGACAUAACAGCUUAAACCCUAAAACGACCGUAAUAACUACAAUUUAAACAACUUUAAAGCCCAAAUAAUACACACAGUUUAACAGAAGAAUGUACAGUAAGUGCUUUUAUAAAAUUAUAAGCUUCACAUUUCUGCCUUUAAACCCUCCAAAAAUUUGGCCCCAUUCAAUUGUAAGUGCCUCACUGUAACCUCGAUUUUUGAUUUUUUAAGGAAAAGGAAGCAUGAGUCAAAAUAAUUUUUUUGUGAUAAUCAACAUUAAGCCACAAAUGCUGUCAAUUAAUUUGUAUCAAACCUGGAAUGUUCCUUUAAAGUUGCAUCAGCAAAAUGUUUCCUGAAGACUCCUUGGGAAUGGCCGGUUUCAU